GUAUAUGCUUUAAAGCCUAGAUAAUUUUUUUCUUCAUGGAGGUUCUAGCUCAGGAGAUUAGAUUUUGCCGUGCUUCAUUGGCUUAGGCAUGAGCUGCUAUCCUCAGUUUCUCUUCUCCAAUUCAAAGCCUUUUCUUCCACUGCCUUGUUCUUGGGAUUAACUUCAUUCAUGCAUGUAUAUUUGUCGUGUCAUACAGGUCGUAGAUUAUGGCAGAGCCCUCAAAAGUCAUUCAUGUUCGUAACGUGGGUCAUGAAAUUGCUGAGAGUGACUUGUUGCAGCUGUUCCAGCCAUUUGGAGUUAUCGCAAAACUUGUGAUGCUUCGAGCAAAGAAUCAGGCCCUCCUACAAAUGCAAGAUGUUCCUUCUGCAGUAAAUGCAUUGCAGUUCUACAGUAAUGUCCAACCAAGCAUAAGGGGCAGAAAUGUUUAUAUCCAAUUCUCAUCACACCAGGAACUAACGAUUAUGGAUCAAAGUUCGCAAGCACGUGAAGACGAGGUUUGCUGUUGGGGUCUUCUCUCUAUUCUGUCUCUAUGCUGGUCUGCUGUUCGGCUCUCUCUGGAUACCCAGCCUAACCGAAUACUCUUAGUCACGAUACAUCACAUGCUAUAUCCUAUUACUGUGGAAGUGCUGCAUCAAGUUUUUUCUCCCCAUGGAUUUGUAGAGAAGAUCGUCACGUUUCAGAAGUCGGCUGGUUUUCAAGCUCUAAUACAGUAUCAAUCGCAUCAAAGUGCUAUCUCAGCUAGGAACUCUCUUCAGGGACGAAAUAUAUAUGACGGUUGCUGUCAGUUAGACAUCCAGUUCUCAAACCUUGACGAAUUGCAAGUGAAUUAUAAUAAUGAGCGAUCUAGGGAUUUCACAAACCCUUCCUUGCCUUCGGAACAAAAGGGGAAAUCCUCUCAACCUGGAUAUGGAGAUCCAAGCAUAUAUCCCCAUGCAGUCGGAUUUGCACAGUUGGGCAAUGCUGCGGCAAUUGCUGCUGCUUUUGGAGGGGGUCUCCCACCCGGUAUAAGCGGUACCAAUGAUCGGUGCACAGUUCUUGUAUCUAAUCUGAAUGCUGAUAGAAUAGAUGAGGAUAAGCUGUUUAAUUUGUUCUCGAUAUAUGGGAACAUUAUUAGAAUCAAACUUCUCCGAAACAAACCAGAUCAUGCAUUGGUACAGAUGGGUGAUGGUUUUCAGGCUGAACUGGCUGUUCAUUUUUUGAAGGGGGCUAUGCUGUUUGGAAAGCGCUUGGAGGUUAACUUUUCAAAGCAUCCAAACAUUACAACUGGAGCUGAUACGCAUGAGUACUCCAACUCAAAUCUCAAUCGUUUCAAUCGAAAUGCAGCCAAAAAUUACAGGUAUUGUUGCUCACCAACAAAAAUGAUCCACAUCUCAACUCUCCCCCAGGAUGUAACUGAAGAAGAAAUAGUAAAUCAUUUGGAAGAGCAUGGAACAAUUGCUAGUACGAAACUGUUUGAGAUGAAUGGAAAGAAGCAGGCUCUUGUCCUUUUUGAAAAUGAGGAGCAGGCUACAGAAGCUCUUGUGUGCAAGCAUGCCACUUCCCUUGGUGGUUCAACCAUUCGAAUUUCCUUCUCUCAGUUGCAAACCAUUUGAGAAACUUCAUUGCAAAUUAGAGAGAUGGGCCCAUAGACUGUGCAAACAAGUAAAAAGGUGGGAGCAUAAAAUUGAACCGCCCCAAUUGGAAUAUUGGACCCCUCUCCCCCCUCUCUUGUUUCCUUUGUUGUUUCUUUACUUGCAAUGGACUAAAACUGUAGAGUGUAGACUAUAAAUUUGUCGUGGUUUUACA